AUGACCGAAAAGGUAACAAAAUUGGCAUUGGCCAGCCGUGUCAUUGUAAUGCUGUUACAAUUGGUGGCUAACAAAUUGAUACCAGAUCACAAGGCAGAUGUUUUUCGUGCCCCCCUGGAUGUGGAUGUAAAGGACACCUGGCUGGAUAAAACAGUAGCGUUUUUGUUAAACGGCUUUCGUCACUGGGAUGGUGAAUAUUUCCUGCACAUUGCCGAAUAUGGUUAUACCUAUGAGAAUACCCUGGCCUUUUAUCCUCUAUACCCAAUGAUGGUCAAGUCUGGAGCAGUGGCAUUACAUUUUGCACUUGGCAAUGUCAUGAAUAUGCGAUCAUGCUGUUUGUUGGUGGGUGUGGUUUUAAAUGUGGCAUUAUUUUGCAAGGCAGCUAAUAUUUUGUAUGCGCUGACUCAACGUAUUUUUAAUGACCUAAACAAAAGUUGGAAUGUUGCUUUGCUGUUCUGCUUCAAUCCGGCUUCGAUAUUUUUUACGGCCGCCUAUUCUGAGACAAUAUUCUGCUUGCUUUCGCUGUAUGUAAUGCUCGAGUGUUCGUGUCAAAUAAGGGUGGUGCGUGCUGCCAUGACGUUGGCCCUGAAUGUGGCGGCGCGUUCAAAUGGCUUGGUGAAUUUAGGCUUUCCCAUAUAUUUUGUGGUGAGAAAAUUCGUCCUGAAACAAACCUCAAUGUUGGGUGGUUUGGCCAAGGUGGCCCUGUGCAUUGUGGUGUCCGUUGUGCCGUUGACAUUUUUCAAUUUCUAUGCCUUUCGGCAAUUUUGUGCCGUGGACAAGCCCAGCAAUCAUAGUGAGGCAAUUUUGAAUUAUGCCCGCGAACGUAAAUAUGUUUUGGCCGGCUAUCGUUAUGACGAACAGUCGCCAUGGUGCGAUGACAACUUCCCCUUUCCCUAUUCGUAUAUACAAUCGCAUUAUUGGCAUGUGGGUUUUUUGAAAUACUACGAAUGGAAACAACUGCCGAACUUUAUGUUGGCCUCACCAAUUCUUGUCUUUAUGCUGUGGCAUUGCACCAAGUAUUUAUACAACUUCUUGGCUACCCUGCUACCCAAAUAUCCUCUGUUCUAUUUGAUUAAGGAAUAUAAAACUUUGCCCUAUACCAUUCAUGCCUUUGCCUUGACACUGUUUUGUAUAUUCUUUGUGCACAUACAAAUUUCGACAAGGUUGCUAUGUUCCGCCACACCGUGUGUAUAUUGGUUCGCCUCCGAUUAUAUGCCCAAGUCAUUGGAGAAUUUACAAUUACGUUCUAAGGCGGGUUUAAUAUUUUUAUGGUUUGCCUCGUAUGUUUUGGUGGGAACAAUAAUGUUUAGCAAUAAUUUGCCAUGGACGUAAA